AAAAAGCCAAAGGAGGGAACAAAAGAGAAGGGGAAGAAGAGUGAAGAGGAGGAGACCCUGGGGAAAACCCGAAAAAGGAAAUCUAAGGAAGAAGGAGAAGAAAAGAACAACAAAAAGACUAAAAAGGAGGAGAAAGAGGAAGAGAAGAAAGAGGCAGGAAAAAAGUGGAAGUGGUGGGAAGAGGAGAAGAAAGAAGAUGGGGUAAAGUGGACACAGCUGGAGCACCGAGGACCCUACUUUGCCCCCCUCUACGAGCCGCUGCCUGAUGAUGUGCAGUUUUAUUAUGAUGGCAAACCCCUAAAGCUGAGCCUGGCCACGGAGGAAAUUGCCACCUUCUAUGCCAAAAUGCUUGAUCAUGAAUACACAACCAAGGAGAUCUUCCAGAACAACUUCUUCAAUGACUGGAGGAAGGAGAUGACCUCAAAGGAGCAGAAUAUAAUCAAGGACCUGGACAAGUGUGACUUCAGGGAGAUCCACAAGUACUUUGUGGACAAAAGUGAGGCACGGAAAGCACUCUCCAAAGAGGAGAAGCAGAAACUGAAGGAGGAGGCGGAUAAGAUCCAGGAGGAGUAUGGGUACUGCAUCCUUGAUGGGCACCGGGAGAAGAUAGGCAACUUCAAAACUGAGCCACCGGGGCUUUUCCGUGGCCGUGGUGACCACCCCAAAAUGGGCAUGCUGAAGAAGAGGAUCAUGCCAGAAGAUGUUGUCAUCAACUGCAGCAAGGACUCCAAGAUCCCUGAGCCACCAGAAGGGCACAAGUGGAAGGAGGUGCGCUUUGACAACACAGUUACCUGGCUGGCCUCCUGGACGGAAAACAUCCAGAACACUUUGAAGUACAUCAUGCUGAACCCCAGCUCCAAGCUGAAGGGGGAGAAGGACUGGCAGAAGUAUGAGGUAGCCCGGCGCUUAAAGGAUAUUGUCCACAAAAUCCGUGCUCAGUACAGAGCCGAUUGGAAGUCCAAGGAGAUGAAGAAGCGGCAAAGAGCAGUGGCCCUCUACUUCAUUGAUAAGCUGGCCCUGAGAGCUGGCAAUGAGAAGGAGGAAGGGGAGACUGCAGACACAGUUGGCUGCUGCUCCCUGCGUGUGGAGCACAUCAAGCUGCACCCUGAGCUGGAUGGGCAGGAGCAUGUGGUGGAGUUCGACUUCCUUGGGAAAGACUCAAUCCGUUACUACAACAAAGUGUCCGUGGAGAAGCUGGUAUUCAAGAACCUGGAGCUGUUCAUGAAGAACAAGGACCCAGCAGAUGACCUCUUUGACAGGCUCAAUACAUCCAUCUUGAACAGACACCUCCAGAGUCUGAUGGAUGGUUUGAGUGCCAAAGUGUUCAGGACCUACAAUGCCUCCAUCACCCUGCAGGAGCAGCUCAAGGCACUCACUAACUCUGAAGACAAUGUUGCAGGAAAACUCCUCUCCUAUAACAGAGCUAACCGAGCCGUGGCCAUCCUGUGCAACCAUCAGAGGUCUACACCAAAAACCUUUGAGAAGUCGAUGCAAAACCUCCAGACCAAGAUCGAUGCCAAGAAGCAACAGGUGGAGGAAGCCCAGCAAGAGCUGAAAAAAGCCAAAGCUGAAUUCAAAGAUACAAAAGAUGCCAAAGCAGAAGCCAACGUGGAGAAGAAAAAGAAGCUGUUGAAGCGGCUGGAAGAGCAGCUGGCCAAGUUGAAUGUCCAGGCCACAGACAAGGAGGAGAACAAGCAGAUUGCUCUGGGCACAUCCAAGCUGAAUUACCUGGACCCCAGGAUUACCAUAGCUUGGUGCAAGAAGUUCGGCGUGCCCAUCGAGAAGAUCUACAACAAGACGCAGAGGGAGAAGUUUGCCUGGGCGAUCGACAUGGCCGAUGAGGACUUUGAAUUCUGAGGCAGUGCCUUUCAUGUUACGUCACGCUCAUUCGGUGCUGUUGGAAAGAUUUUUUUUUUUUCCAAGUGCUGCUGCCGCACUUUUUGCAGGGUUUGCUGGGGGGGUUUGUCUA